CCGGGCAAGGCAGAAGGAAGGGGAUGCUGGUGGGAAGGGAGCAACAGUGGAUGCUGGUGGGAAGGGAGCAAAAGAGACCAGCAACAGUCUCUUCCCGUUGUUGGUGAAGAGACGAGCAACGGGAGGCGUGGAAGGGCCGUCGCGGGAGGUCUGACGCGGACCCGCCUUCUCCUCUAGACCCUGGAGGCGCCAGUGCCAGCCCUCGAAGCUCUUUGAGGCCAGAAACAGCGUCUUGACCACCAAAAGGGAAAACCAAUUGUAAAUCGAAAUUAAUUAGCCUACCAAAAUAUCAUCAUGAACUUUUUACUCUCCUCUGAACAAUAUCACGCCUGACGAUGUCCUACUUAAAACAUACUACCCAGAACUGAACACAGUGUGCUGGAUGUGCGUCACACAAUGUUAGUUAAACAUUUUAAGAUGAGAAAAAUUGAUCUGUGUCUGAGCUCUGAAGGGUCCGAAGUGAUUUUAGCUACAUCAAGUGAUGAAAAACACCCACCUGAAAAUAUCAUUGAUGGGAAUCCAGAAACGUUUUGGACCACCACAGGAAUGUUUCCCCAGGAAUUCAUUAUUUGUUUCCACAAACAUGUAAGGAUUGAAAGGCUUGUAAUCCAAAGUUACUUUGUACAGACCUUGAAGAUUGAAAAGAGCACGUCUAAAGAGCCAGUUGAUUUUGAGCAAUGGAUUGAAAAAGAUUUGGUACACACAGAGGGGCAGCUUCAAAAUGAAGAAAUUAUGGAACAGCAAGUGCACGAGCUGAGAGUCAGAAGUCCAGUUCCAGCUCUUCUAAGAAUUCACUGUGUGACACCAAGCAAGUCAUUCACCUCUCUGGGCCUUUGCAUCUCAAAAAUGAAGCAGUUGCUUUAGAUUAUCAGUAAAGAUUCUUUAUGUCCCUCUGUCUGUGGCUCUGAGUUCAGAGUUCAUACACAAAGCAUACAACAGAGCUUUUUGGUGGCCUGGUGGGUUUCCAAAGUAGUUACAACAUGUCUUUUUUU